AUGUCCUGCCAGCAGAACCAGCAGCAGUGCCAGCCCCCACCCAAGUGCCCCUCACCCAAGUGUCCCCCAAAGAGCCCAGCACAGUGCCUGCCUACUGCCUCCUCUGGCUGUGCUCCAAGUCAUGGGGGCUGUGGCCCCAGCUCCGAGGGCGGCUGCUGCCUGAGCCACCACAGGCCUCGCAGGUCCCACCAUUGCCGGCUCCGGAACUCCGACUCUUGUGGCGGGGGCAAUGGUCAGCAAGGAGGGGACUCUGGCUGCGGGCACAGCUCUGGGGGCUGCUGCUAA